GAAAGAAUGGAACCAAGCUUUUUAGAGAGUUACCAUUUUAACUACAGUUAUGCAACGCCUGUUGGGUACCCCGUGUCUCUAGCCGCUCAAAUGGCUUCCAUAUACACCUGUGUUGCCUUCACAAUUGAGCGCGCUACAUUGCUGUGUGCCACCCUCUGCAUGCGGCCAACACAUGCACCAAGUCUCGGGCGAAAAAAGCGAUGUUACUCAUCUUCCUGUGGUCUAUACUCUACAACAUACCUAGGUACUUCCAUUACAGAGUCGACACAAAAUGGGUGGAGGACAAAAACCGAACAAAAGCUAUUGCCAAUGAAACAGAAUUUGGCAGCGAUACUGUUUUCCGACAAGUCUAUUUGAUAUACUUCCAACUUAUUUUCAUGUUUCUGAUUCCAUUCUCCAUCCUUAUGAUUCUCAACUCUGCCUUGAUACGAGCGCUUAAACAUUCUCAUCAGCAACGACAGCAGAUGUCCAAUUCUGCUGCUCGGGAACAUAACCUAACCAUCAUGUUGGUGGCCGUCAUCGUUCUGUUCCUCGUCUGCCAGUUUCCCUCCAUCAUUGACAACAUUCUCUUAGCCUCCACGGACCGGGUACAGCGCAUCAGCAACAUGCACUACAACAAAUUCUACAUCAUGUCUACCCUGAUGGUUGAGAUUAACUCAGCGACAAACUUCAUCAUGUACUGUGUGUUUGGUAAAAAGUUCCGGAUGGUGUUUUUACAUAUCUUUGGAUGCAAGAAAGUGCAGAACACCCUGCAGUAUCGCAACGAACUGAGGCUCGACAGCUUGGCAUCAGUCAAGGAAGUAAGCCCAAGGAGACAUAGGUAUUCGUUCAUCUCUUCAAAGACAGGGUUCUGGCGCAGCAAAGGGAUACAACUCUGCAUAACAAAAUAUUGUGGUUUAGGCCCCAGGGCCACAUGGAUGUACCCCCGAAGGUCAUUGAAUAAUAGUAGGAUGGCGUUUCCUAUUCUCGCAGUUCUUACGGAUAUUGGCUGAAAAGAUAACACAAACAAUUCUUAUCGUAUGAAUGCUUGUUGUGUUUAAAUGAAGGGCCUUCUCCUCUAACAUCUGCAUCUAUCAGUUGCUAGAUCCAUCAGGUGA